ACUCUCUACUACCACAACAGAAUCUUCACCAUCGUAGCGCAACGUGGGAUUGACUGCCCUCUUGCUUCGUCUUCAUGCGCCGUUAGCCUCCUCCUUUCCCUCCCCCCUCCCACACCACGCCUCGCCUCUGUUGCUGGCGAAGUCAUGAGCAGGCCUGCGGACCACGUUGAAGUACUUCGUGCUGGUCACGAGGACUAGAUCACUACCAACGUCCGUGGAAGCUUAGAAUAAUUCUGGUGCUCCCAGGGACGUGUUGGUCGAACCCUUCGGGAGGUCCGAAGUCUGAUCUUUCCCCAUGUAGGUGUUGCACGAUCUAGGACACAGCACUCACUGACUGUUAGGGAAUAACGAGUGAAGUGAAUCCAGGCGUAGUGGGGUAGUGCUCAUGGUGGCGAAGCUUGGGUAGUGUCGUAGCUGGCGGUGCACUGGCAGUAUUAUAUUCAUUGUUAACAGUCGUAUUUUUUAUUUGUCUAGAAGUUGGAGCGUUUGGUGGAGACAGAAAUCGAAACUCGUACUCACCUAAAAGCCCAGCAGUCUGCGGGAAAGUGGAGGGGGUUGAGGGAAGAGGAUGGAAGAUUGUUCCGAAGUGGUAUCUGCCGUCGAUGCAGUCGCCAAUUUUGCGCAGAGGUGAGGUGAGGUUACACCGUUAGAUUUCCAAGUUGGUUUUUGAGGUUCGCCUCAUCGAUCGAAUUCGUGGGGUGUUGACGUCCUUGCGAUCAAAUUCGGAGCGUAUCUGACAUCUGUGAGGUCAAUCUUGAAUUCUUGCCCGAUUCGGAGUGGAACGAGCGUCAAUUGGUUGUCGCAUAUUCGAAUCUGGUGCUAUUUUCAUCUGGUCUGCCGCUCACAGUUUCCAAUAUUGUUGCGUAGUUAGACCUGUUGUCGAAUUAUCCACAACCAACAGAAGUCAUUCGAGGCAUCGCAGAGAGGGAUUCGAAAGAGUAGUGAGCAAUUCAGUGGUCAUGUCGAUUAGCAAUGGGGAGUUGAAGCAUGGCGUUUCGUGCAAACGUGGUCUGAGGGAGCGAGCGGACACGGACUUGGAUAUGGGACAUACCGGCCCCGCUAUCAAGAAAUUUCCAGAUCCAGUGCAAACGUUAGCAAAUGUGCAUCAGGGGCUCGGGCAGCAUGGUGGCGUGAAUGUGGCGAUCGAGGCGUCCUCGACGUUUGCUAUCGUGGAGCCCCAGACGCUGAACAAACUGUUCUCGGGAGAGCUCGGGACCGACCAUGGACUAUACCUGUACAGCCGCCACUUCAAUCCGACAGUGCUAAGCUUGGGCCGCAAAAUGGCGGCUCUCGAAGACACAGAGGCCGCUUACUGCACUGCGAGCGGCAUGUCCGCUAUAGCCGCAGUCAUGCUUCAGCUCUGCAGCAGCGGUGACCACAUCGUAGCAUCAAACCGGUUGUAUGGUGGUACUCAUGCGUUGCUGGCGCACUUCCUCCCCCGUACUUGCAACAUAAAGACGACAUUCGUAGAUGUGGACGACUUGGACGCGGUGCAUGCUGCCGUGCAACCAAAUUCGAAGGUGCUGUACUUUGAAUCGCUGUCGAAUCCGCGGCUAUAUGUGGCGAACAUUCCAGCUCUUGCGCACCUAGCGCACAGCCGGGGCUUGACGGCGGUAGUCGACAACACUUUUGCGCCUCUGCUUCUCUCUCCAGCGAGAUUGGGCGCCGACGUCGUUGUGCACAGCUUGUCGAAGUACAUCAGUGGCGCGGGCGAUAUCAUCGCCGGUGCGGUAUGCGGACCGGCGGAGCUCAUCAGCGCAAUGAUGGACCUCCACCAUGGCGCGCUCAUGCUACUGGGUCCGACGAUGGACCCCCACGUCGCAUUCCAGGUCGGCCUUCGCAUCCCGCACCUCUCAAUUCGGAUGAAGGAGUUUGGGAUUCGGGCCUUGCUUUACGCCAAGCGCCUGAAGAAGUUGGGAUUGAAGGCGAUUUACCCCGGGCUACAGGACCACCCCCACCACGCGCUCAUGACGAAGCUCUUGAACGACGGCUAUGGCUACGGUGGGAUGAUGUGCUUGGAUUUAGACACGAAGGAGAGAGCGCAGGAUUUUAUGCGCUACUUGCAGAACGUAGCCCAUUUCGGCUGGAUGGCUGUGAGUUUAGGGUACCACGACACGCUCAUGUCGUGUUCGGGAUCGAGUACAAGCUCGGGCUUGACGAGCGAGGAGAAAGCUGUGUCUGGAAUUUCCCCGGGGCUUGUGCGCAUGUCGAUUGGGUUCACGGGGUCGACCGAGCAGCGAUGGAAGCAGCUCUUGGACGCUUUGAUUGCUCUUAAGCUGGUGCCACCUCAAGCUGUAGACUCGAGUGUUCGAUGAAUUGGAUUCGUAUGAGAUAAACCAUGUUUUGCGCGCGGGCUCAAGAUCUAUCCCUUGCAAGGGCUCGAUGGAAUUUCCCAGCUGUGGGGAUUCGAUACUUGCUGCAAUCGCUGGUCAUGGAGAGCUCCAACAUCAAUGAUGGACUUUAGUGGUUCCUUCUGCGCACCUAUGAGCUCACCGCCAGCCAGCCAGUACCAGAAUUUGAUAUAACAUCUACGUGAUUUACGCUUUGUGGUACAUAAUUGGGUAAGAGUCUUGUUUAGAUCAUGUGGCCGGACAAAUCUACUCCUGGUACAGACGGAUUAUUCACAGGCAUUGCUGAAACAGCAAUGAACAUCACCAUGACAAGUUUCUCAAACAAAAACUGGGGACAUAUGUACCGAGAAUCAGCUUGGAAUGUUUGUCAGUAAUGAAGAUAUACUUGGGACUAUGUACCUGCCGUGAAUGAAUAUGUGGGCACGGAUUACCUCCCGAUCAUUCUAUUCAGUACUGAGGGAACUGUUGUGACAUCCACUCUUUUAAUAGAUUGUCCAUAUUGUGUCCA